AUGGGUUUUACAGAUGUCAAGUUCAAGUUUCCCUUGACCGAAGCGACAGCCACUGCGACAGCAGCACGAGAGAUGAGCUACCUUCAAGCCCAGUCGUUCUCUUCAAUGGAUAUCCACAUGUCAGGCAAAACUUGCAAGUCGCCACACAGUUUCAGGAGCUACAAGCUCAGGGGAGAAUAUGAAAAACCAUGGCUGAAAGACAAGCGCUUUAAAAAAGGCAGGAUUAAUGAUGUUAUUGUAAUUACGUUUUUUGCGCUUGGCUGUAUUGUCUGCGCUUACAUACUCUAUGACGGAUAUGUGAUGGCAACCCCUCCAGGCGAGUACUGUCUUGUGAUGGACGAUGACUUCAAAUCCAUCGACUCAAACAACUGGGGCUACGAGAUUCAGAUUGGAGGAUUUGGAAACGGAGAGUUUGGCUGGGCUACAGACGAUCCGCAGAACUCUUUCACAGAUGCUGAAGGUCUGCACAUCGUACCCACGUUGACCACCAAGUCCACAAGUAUUACCGAGACACAGCUCCUUGAUGGGCACACACUAAAUCUUACGGCUGCUGGUGGCGGUGGCAGCUGUACAUCUCCUGACGUGGAGAUGUGCUCAAUCACGUCCAACGAUACACUCGGCUAUGUUCUCCCACCAGUAAGAUCCGCACGUAUCACUACCAAAGGGAGGAAGGCCAUUAAAUAUGGGCGUGUCGAAGUAGUUGCUAAAAUGCCCAAGGGAGAUUGGUUGUGGCCCGCCAUCUGGAUGAUGCCGGAAGAUUCAGUUUACGGCGCCUGGCCUGCAUCUGGCGAGAUUGAUAUCGCAGAAUCACGUGGAAAUGACUAUAAAUAUCCUCGCGGUCGCGAUUCUGUUGUGUCGACCCUUCACUGGGGACCUGACUACCAGCACGAUGGCUACAUGACUACAUAUGGGACCAAGUUUUUGAAACGCACCGACUACUCCGAUAGAUUUUUCACUUACGGUCUGGAAUGGAACAAGGAUUAUAUCUUCACGUACGUCGGCAACAGACUGAAACAGGUAUUCUAUCUUGACUUCAAAGAGAAGGAGCCCUUCUGGCAAAAGGGCAAUUUCCAAGGAAUGACCACCGGCAACGGUACACUGAUCACUAAUCCCUGGCUCAAGGCCGGCAAUGCUAUUGCGCCCUUCGACCAGAAGUUCUACUUAAUUCUCAAUGUCGCGGUUGGUGCCCAGAACGGAUGGUUCUAUGAUGGAAAGUAUAACAAGCCUUGGGUUGAUGGCAGUACGUCUGCCGCAAGGGACUUCUGGAAGGCGAAGGAUCAAUGGUUGCCGACGUGGGGAGAGGGUAACGAUCGUGGCAUGACAGUCAAGUCUGUGAAGAUGUGGCAGCAGGGCAAGUGCUGA